UAUAUAGUAGGUCUAAAUGCACCACUGACACGGGGCAGUUAGCUGUUUGCUAAAUAACAAUGAGGAGGUAGCAGGUUCACUUGUAUCAUCUCCUUUUACGCGUCUUCUACACGGCUCCAACUUCCCCACAGUCACAACUACAUGCAGAGGCAUCUUAUUUUCUUGGUACAGAAGACUGUCUGUGUGGGCCGACAACCUUUUGGCACACUAAUCCGAUUUAAACAAGCUUCAGCGUUGUGCAGAACAUUUCCAAUUUCAUCUACCUCUUAUCAGCGAAAAUCCUUAGCAUCCCAUAUACAACACCUUCAAAAAAGACACGCUCCCUGGACUUCAAUUCACCGGUGCUUUUCUGAGUGGCCAGAUAUGUCGGAACAACGCUUCCUGGUGGAAUACGCCAAACGUGGCACGGCGGGGUGCAAGAAAUGCAAGGACAAGAUCCAGAAGGGCGUCGUGCGCAUAGGGAAAGUCGUGCCAAACCCUUUCAGCGAGUCUGCUGGCGAGAUGAAAGAGUGGUAUCACGUGAAGUGCAUAUUUGAGAAGCUGGAGAGGGCAAGAGCCACGACGAAGAAGAUCGAGGACCUGACGGAGCUGGAGGGCUGGGAGGAGCUGCAGGAGGAGGACAAAGAGCUCAUUAAUAAACACGUUUCAGACCUGAUGGCCAAAGUCAAUGCAAGUCCUAAAAAGAAGGUCCAGGCCAAGUUGAACACCACUGGUCAGCUUAUGGCGCCCCCUGCUGACCCUUCUGUCAAUGCUCCGAGGAAGUUUUCUGGCUUCACAGCUGCGAAGGCUGGCAGCUCCGGCAGCUCCAGCAGCUCCAGCAGCCCCGGACUGUCGACGUCCCCGGCGGCCAAAGCCGGCUCCGGCAGCGCCCUGUCCACUCAGCUCUGCGACGCCCAGCACAAAGACUGCCUCUUCAGGGAGUUUCGCAAACUCUGCGCAAUGGUGGCUGAAAACAACAGCUACAACAGCAAGACACAGAUUAUAGAGAAGUUCCUGAAGAAGGGCACAGGAGGAGAUAAAUUUCACGGAGAUCUUUACCUGACGGUGAAGCUGCUGCUGCCAGGCGUGGUUAAAAGUGUUUACAACCUGAACGAUAAGCAGAUAGUAAAACUCUUCAGCCGCAUAUUCAGGUCCAACCAGGAGGACAUGGUGCGAGAUCUGGAGCAGGGCGACGUGUCAGAAACGGUGAGGAUUUUCUUCGAGGAGAGCAAAUGUUUUCCUCCCGCUGCCAAGAGCCUCCUAACAAUCCAGGAAGUAGAUGCGUUCCUGAUGCGCCUCGCUCAGCUCACAAAGGAGGACGAGCAGCAGAGCGAGCUGGAGAGCAUCGCCAAAAAAUGCACCAGCAACGACCUGAAAUGCAUCAUCAGGCUAAUUAAGCACGACUUGAAGAUGAGCGCUGGCGCCAAACACGUGUUGGACGCGGUAGAUCCAAACGCGUACGACGCCUUCAAGGCCUCCCGUAACCUUGGCGACGUGAUCGAGAGGGUUCUGAGGAACCAGCAGGAUGCCACCAGCGGCUCUGGACCCAGGAAGCUCCUGACCGUGGAGGCGUCGCUCAUGACGCCCGUCCAGCCGAUGCUGGCCGAGGCGUGUAAAUCCAUCGAGUACGCCAUGAAGAAAUGUCCCAACGGGAUGUACUCGGAGAUAAAAUACGACGGCGAGCGCGUUCAGGUCCACAAGAACGGAAACACCUUCAGCUACUUCAGCCGCAGCCUCAAGCCGGUGCUGCCCCACAAGGUGGCCCAUUUCAAAGAGUACAUCCCUCAGGCCUUCCCUGGCGGCCACAGCAUGAUUCUGGACGCUGAAGUCCUGCUGAUUGACACAAAGACCAGCAAACCGCUGCCGUUUGGCACUCUGGGUGUUCACAAGAAAGCUGCCUUUCAAGACGCCAAAGUGGGUCUGUUUGUGUUCGACUGCAUUUACUUCAACGGUGUGAGUUUGAUGGAAAGGCCGCUCUGCGAACGCAGGAAGUUCCUGGACGACAACAUGGUGGAAGUCCCAAACAGGAUCCUCUUCUCAGAGAUGAAGCACGUCACGAGGGCAGGAGACCUGGCGGAGAUGAUAACUCGCGUCAUCAGAGAAGGACUGGAAGGCCUGGUGCUGAAAGACGUAAAGGGAAGCUAUGAGCCGGGGAAGCGACACUGGCUGAAGGUGAAGAAGGAUUAUUUGAACGAGGGAGCGAUGGCCGACACAGCAGACCUGGUGGUGCUCGGUGCCUUCUACGGAAAAGGAUCAAACGGGGGCAUCAUGUCUAGCUUUCUGAUGGGCUGCUACGACCCGGACUCGAAGAAGUGGUGCACGGUGACCAAGUGCUCCGGAGGAUACGAUGACGCCAUGCUGGCCCGACUCCAGAAGGAGCUGGAUGUGAUCAAAAUCAGCAAGGAACCCGGGAAAAUUCCCAGCUGGUUGAAAAUUGUCAAGAACUAUUAUCCUGAUUUCAUUAUCCGUGACCCUGAGCAAGCGCCAGUCUGGGAGAUCACCGGCGCAGAGUUUUCCAAAUCAGAAAUGCACACCGCCGACGGCAUCUCCAUCCGCUUCCCCCGCAUGACGCGAAUCCGCGACGACAAGGACUGGAAGACGGCCACCAACCUGCACCAGCUCAGGGAGCUGUUUCGCAUUUCGAAGGAGAACUGCGACUUUAAAGUGACGGCGGGUCCUUCCACGUCCGACGACAAAGGCUCAUCGGGAGGAGACAGCGGGGGAAACUCGCCGUCGUCCUCAUCCAGCAGGAGCGCUCCGGCCAAAAAGACGAGUAGCAGCACCCCUACCAAACCAAAGGCUGUAAAAUCAAAACCCCGCACUCCCACCUCUGAGGCCUCCAGCGCCAAGAAGGUGAAGGAGAGCGUUCAGAGCAACGGACAAAACAAAGCGUCUUCCCAGCUGCUGCAGCCGAGGAACGACAAGUCGCUGCUGGACAUCUUCAGCGGGGUCAAGCUCUUCCUCCCCGUCUCCGUUCAGGACUUCGACAGACUGCGGCGGUACUUUGUGGCGUACGACGGGGACCUGGUGCCGGAUUACGACUCCGCCUCGGCUACACACACGCUGGGCGACCCGGAGGGGGGCAGCCGGGCCCAGAGGGUCUCUCCCAGCUGGAUCUGGGAAUGCAUCCGAAAGCGGCGCGUCGUUCCUCCCUGCUGAGAGGAAGACACCAUGAGUGUUGGGGGUCGGGUCGCAGGGCAGCUCUUCAGUUCAACGUUCUCUCAGGUCCUUUUUUAUUUAAGCAGCAGACACUAAGAUUUAGAUUGGAGGCUUUUUGUUUGGAGAAUAAUGAUUCUAAUGAAAUUUUGCAGAACAAAAUCAGGUCGCAACUAAACAGGAGUUGACUUUUUACUACAGAAGCAAAAAAGAUCAUGAACUGUAAAUAAAUACUGGUGAAAAAACUGAAAA